UGUUCAAUAGGCAUUUCACAUGAUGAUCCUCCAAAAAGGCUUAGUCUUCUUUCUGGCGACCUGCCUUCUGUCAGUCUGCGCGAAAGACGCUGCAGAGGACACCAAGAAGCAGGCCGAGCCCAAAGAGGACAACAAAGCUGCCGAGUCCACCGACAAGAAGCAAGAAAAGAGAGGACUGUUCGAUCUCGGAUAUGGAGGAGGAUUCGAACAUCACGAUUUUGGAGGUCACGACUUUGGAGGACACGACUUCGGUGGAGGACACCACAUCGAGGAGAGUCACGUGAAACAUAUCACCAUUACCAAGGAGGUUAAGGUACCUUACCCAGCACCAUACCCCGUACCAGUGGAGAAGAAAGUACCAGUGCCCUACCCAGUCAAAGUGCACAUACCAGUGGAAAAACCAUACCCAGUUCCAGUGCCCAAGCCGUACCCUGUUCCCGUAGAAAAGCCUGUCCCAUACCCAGUCAUCAAGAAGGUUCCGUAUCCAGUGAAGGUUCCAGUCAAGGUACCCUACCCAGUACCCCACCCGGUGCCUGUACCAAAACCAGUACCUUACCCAGUUCACAAGCCUGUGCCAUACCCUGUCAAGGUACCAGUGGUGAUAGAAAAGAAAGUACCAGUGUACAUUCAUGAGCACCACCACGAACACCACGACUUCGGAGGACAUGAGGGUAUUGAAUUCGGUGGACACCACCACUUCUAAACCGAACCUCAAACUUUUGUUUCGCUGUUAUCUACCUGAUUGUUUUUUGUUUUUAUUCUUGUCAGUAUUUUUUGUGUUGCGCCGUUGCGAUUGAGUCUCGUCUUUUACCUUUAGAUUAU